AUGAUAGGGUAUGUUUUGACCACCGUAGCAUAUGUUCGUAUUUACAAAGUCGUCAAAUAUCAUCAAAAUCAGAUAUACAGGCAAAAUCAGCUUCAAAAUGCCCAAACAAGGGAGAUACUCCGACAAAAGAAGUCCGCCUACAAUGCUAUAUUUGUCUAUCUUGUUUUUCUAGCUUGUUAUCUUCCUCUUUUGCCUUCAACAAUACUGUACAUGAGAAAUACUUCUGAAAGUUCUUUUAUCGUAGCUCAUUACGCAUCGAUAUUCUUGAUCCGCCUGAAUUCAUCAUUAAAUCCUCUUGUUUAUUGCUGGCGGUACCGAGAAAUUCGCCAAAGUGUAAAAAGCACAGUGAAGAAAUUAUUUCACAUGAACGAGAACGUGAAGUGA